CUGGCCGCAUUGGAUUAAAUGCGAUGUCGCUUUUGGGGUGGCCUCAGGAGCUGCCCGGGCGCCGCCUAGCUCGGUUCUGCUCUGGACUGCAGCGUGUCACACCGUUUCUGCGGUCCCUACAGCUGCUGCUGUGAUUUCCUAGUUGUCCCUGUGCGCGUCAGGCAUUGCUGUAUAUUACAUAAAUGCUAUCAGCCUUUAGGUUUCUUGCCAGAAAACAUUUGGGCCAUUUGUUAGCAUUUAAAGAUUAUUUUAGAGGAUUUAAUCUGUUCUGCGGAAUGUUUUUUUUUUUUCCCCAAACUGUCCCAGGGCGGCAAAUACUUUGCUGUGAUGUUUAUGGGCAGUCAGGUCUGCCUUAAAACAUUUAGGCCUGGAUAUAAAUUUUUCUUUUAACGGCAGGUUGGAUCAGUGUCUUGGGAGCUCUGGCAGUGCUUUCUGCUCUGGUUGUUGGUUGGUUGGGACACAGUCCGAGUGAGCCUGCCUCAGAUCGCAUUUGGGCUGGUGGCCCAGAGGACCAGGGAGCAGGGAGUUAAUUGUCCUUCAGGGGAUGAGUCAAAGGUGUAAGCAGGUUUAAAGUCUGUAACGUGGAGCCUUCUGCCCGGAGCCCAGCCAACGAGAUCUGUAGGAUGGGAGCUCUGUAGCGCUUGAGAUUUGCCUGGUGCUUGCUGUUCUCAGGGAUUUGUAUAUAAAUAUUUGCCCCAGUGAUUUAUCAGCAAAACUGGAUCGUCCCAAAAAUAAACACAGCGAUCCUUGUUGUGAGCCAGUUCUGCAGUCGCCGCUGUGCCAGGAGCGCGAUUGUUGAUUAGCUUUGAAGAGGCCUCCCUGUGCCCGGAGUGUGCUUUGUGGUGACCACCAGCCCUGCUGUGACUUGUAUUCACGUUUCUCCUCUGCUCAGCGAUCUGUAACCCAGGACAACUUGCUAAACCUCUUCUCCACGUCUUGGCUUCCUCUUUGGUCUUUGAGGGACUCCUACACGUGUUCAGGACUCCUGAGAAGUGAACGGUCAGCUGUGGACCCAAGCAGGGUGGCGUUAGUGGGCGUCCAGAGGGCCCAGCUGAGUCGGCCUGCAGGGCGUCAUCCGUGCUCAGACCUGCGGUUGCAGUCCUGGCUUAGAGCUCUUCGUGGCUGGCGGCUUCCGAAGAAGUCAGCCUCACUCUUGUACAUGGCCCAGAGCAAGCACGCCGAGGCCCGCGAGCUCAUGUGCUCCGGAGCCCUGCUGUUCUUCAGCCAUGGGCAGCAAAACAGCGCCGCUGACCUGUCCAUGCUUGUCCUGGAGUCGCUGGAGAAGGCAGAGGUCGAGGUGGCCGACGAGCUGCUGGAAAGUCUGGCCAGGCUGUUCAGCCUGAUGGACCCCAACUCCCCGGAGCGAGUGGCGUUCGUGUCCCGAGCCCUCAAGUGGUCCAGCGGCGGGUCAGGGAAGCUGGGCCACCCCCGGCUCCACCAGCUGCUGGCCCUCACCCUGUGGAAAGAAGAGAACUACGGCGAGUCCCGGUACCACUUCCUGCACUCGAGCGACGGCGAGGGCUGCGCCGACAUGCUGGUGGAGUACUCCACGGCCCACGGCUUCCGCGGCGAGGCGGACAUGUUCGUGGCCCAGGCCGUCCUCCAGUUUCUCUGUUUAAAAAACAAAAGCAGCGCCUCGGUGGUGUUCACGACGUACACACAGAAACACCCGUCCAUUGAGAGCGGGCCUCCUUUCGUGCAGCCCCUGCUCAACUUCAUCUGGUUUCUGCUGCUGGCCGUAGAUGGGGGGAAGCUCACGGUGUUCACGGUGCUGUGUGAGCAGUACCAGCCAUCCCUGCGUCGGGACCCCAUGUACAACGAGUACCUCGACAGGAUAGGACAGCUCUUCUUCGGUGUGCCGCCCAAGCAGACGUCAUCCUACGGAGGCUUGCUAGGGAACCUCCUGAGCAGCCUCAUGGGCUCCUCGGAGCAAGAGGGCGAGGACAGCCAGGACGACAGCAGCCCCAUCGAGCUCGACUGACGCCCGCGGAGCCGCAGACUCGGCCGGGCCGCGGCGGGGCCGGGGCGCGUGGGGGCCCGGGCCAGGCCGUGUACCUUGAUGACCCCAAUAAAGCGCAGGCCCUGCGGCGCCUCCUCCCGGC